GGGGGACACGCGGGUUUAUAAAGCGUCCCCGGCCCCGCGCGGGUGCGGGAGCGGCAUCGUCACCGGGCGGGAGCGGGGCUCGAACCCUCGGCACUCGGGUGCGCCCCGGGAGCCCCGGCGGGGCCACGGCAGCCCGCGGGCCAUGGAGCUGCCCAUGGAUGCGCCCGUGGAGCUGAGCACGGUGCUGCCCUCGGUGCUGCCCUCCGUGCUGCCCUCGGCCGCAGCCACCCCCUGGGGCAACGGCACCGCCUGGGCCCCCCUGCCCGGGCACGGGGGCAACGAGACGGGCCCGCAGAGGGCCAAGAACGCCACGUCCAUCCUGAUCGCCAUCGUCAUCACCGCGCUCUACUCCGUGGUGUGCGUGGUGGGGCUGCUGGGCAACGUCCUGGUCAUGUACGGCAUCGUCAGGUACACCAAGAUGAAGACGGCCACCAACAUCUACAUCUUCAACCUGGCGCUGGCCGACGCGCUGGCCACCAGCACGCUGCCCUUCCAGAGCGCCAAGUACCUCAUGGAGACCUGGCCCUUCGGGGAGCUGCUCUGCAAGGUUGUGCUCUCCAUUGACUACUACAACAUGUUCACCAGCAUCUUCACCCUCACCAUGAUGAGCGUGGACCGCUACGUGGCCGUGUGCCACCCCGUCAAGGCCCUGGACUUCCGGACGCCGGCCAAGGCCAAGAUCAUCAACGUCUGCAUCUGGGUGCUCUCCUCCCUCAUCGGGGUGCCCAUCAUGGUCAUGGCGGUCACCAAGACAAAAGACGGGAUGGUGCUGUGCACCCUGCAGUUCCCCGACCCUCCCAUCUACUGGGACACCGUCACCAAGAUCUGCGUCUUCAUCUUCGCCUUCCUGGUGCCCAUCCUGGUCAUCACCAUCUGCUAUGGGCUGAUGAUCCUGCGCCUGAAGAGCGUCCGCCUCCUCUCGGGCUCCAAGGAGAAGGACCGGAACCUGCGGCGCAUCACGCGCAUGGUGCUGGUGGUGGUGGCCGCCUUCAUCAUCUGCUGGACCCCCAUCCACAUCUUCGUCAUCGUCUGGACGCUGGUGGACAUCGACAAGAAGAACCCCUACGUGGUGGCCAGCCUGCACUUCUGCAUCGCCCUGGGCUACACCAACAGCAGCCUCAACCCCGUCCUCUACGCCUUCCUGGACGAGAACUUCAAGCGGUGCUUCCGGGAGUUCUGCCUGCCCUUCCGAGCCCGCGUGGACCAGAACAGCUUCUCCCGCGCCCGGAACACCACGAGGGAGCGGGUGUCCACCUGCACGCCCUCGGAGGCCCCCAGCAAGCCGGCAUGACUAGGCGUGGGCAGCCCCCAGCGGGGCUGCCGGGGCCGCGGAGGGGACGACCUGCGCUCGGAGGUCACCCAGGUCACCACCACGGAGUUCUGAGCAGAGCGGUGGCACCGC